AUGGCUUCAUCAGCUUCUAGUUCUAAGUCUUUGCAUUUGUAUACUUCGUCUAUCCCAUUCUUCAAUGGCACCAACUUCUCAGAAUGGAAAGAGAAUGUUGAGUUCACUUUGGGUGUGCAGGAUAUUGACCUUGUUCUCCAAAUUGAAAAGCCAAUUAUAGAUGAUAAGAGUUCCACUGAAGAUAAGGAUCUCUUAAAAAAGUGGAAGAGAAGUGAUAGGCUACAGCUGAUGCGAAUGCACAUUGAUGCAAACAUUAAAGGAUCGCUUCCCGAACCUAAAAACACUAAGGAAUUUAUGGAAAUCGUAAAGGAACGCUUUAAGACAGCGGAUAAGUCUCUAGCUGGGAAGUUGAUGGCUGAUCUGACCACCAUGAAGUAUACCUGUGUAAAUUCAAUUCACUAG